ACCAGCACUUAUCUUCUGGACACCUGCAGCAAACACUUGGGGUUCAGUCAUCUGUGGACAUAGAGCUGUGACGAAGCCCUGUGUCUCUAGCCACCAUGCCGCAGCCUACAGACCAACAACUAGAGUCGAGGUCCUUCCUCAGCGAGGAAAUGAUCGCUGAGUUCAAGGCUGCCUUUGAUAUGUUUGACACUGAUGGCGGCGGUGACAUCAGCACCAAGGAGUUGGGGACUGUAAUGAGGAUGCUAGGACAGACACCAACCAAGGAAGAAUUGGAUGCCAUCAUUGAGGAAGUAGAUGAAGAUGGCAGCGGAACCAUCGACUUUGAGGAGUUCUUGGUCAUGAUGGUGCGCCAGAUGAAAGAGGAUGCGCAGGGAAAGAGUGAGGAGGAGUUGGCUGAAUGUUUCCGCAUCUUUGACAAGAAUGCUGACGGGUACAUUGACAGUGAAGAAUUGGCUGAGAUCUUGCGCUCCUCAGGAGAGAGCAUCACAGAUGAGGAGAUUGAGGAGCUCAUGAAGGAUGGAGACAAAAACAAUGAUGGAAAAAUUGACUUUGAUGAGUUCCUCAAGAUGAUGGAAGGUGUACAAUAAGCUGUGGGACAUUCCUCUGGAGAGCUGUGACGCUGACCUGUAUAUUACACAGCGUCUUAUACCCGCUGCAGGAUAGCGCAAGUUGCUCUGCUCUGUCCUACAUUUCUUGAAUCCCAUUUUGCAUCAGUUGUCCAUUUUACUGUCUGUGGAGAGACUUUUCCUUCUCUCCACGUUCGUCACCUCUCUUUCUUCUUCUCAAAUGUUAUUUAUAAAACUGAAAAUACCAUUAAAAGUCUUCGUGAACCUUU